CUUUUCAGUUUUUGCUGAUGAGCAACUGCUCAAAAACUGAAAAGAUUCAUUUUCUUUGCUUCUUUUGCAUCGUCGGCUAGAUAGAUUGGAUGGGUGAUGUUUAUGAUGUGAAGAAAAUAAAUAGAUUGCCUUUGCAAUCCCCGUUAUAGUCAGUGUAUUAUGGGUUUUGUGAUCAGCUUACAUAUAGCUCAAUUAUCAGUGGAGAUUCACAGGAGAACCCAUUUUCUAAAAAAAAAAAAAACAAAAAAAAAACAUUGUGUGUGUGAGGAACAAUUCACCUAUCAAACUACUUAAUCUCUUCUGUUUCAGAUCAAAAAUGGACGGAGAGCUGAACAUCACCCUUGUGGAUGAUGAGAACUGGACUUUGCCCAACAUAUCUAGAGAACACACCAUACGCCGGAGCAACAUCACAUAUGUUGGAUUUUACCUGCAUGAGACAUCAGUAGCAGCUAUCUUUAUAGUUUCAUACUUACUCAUAUUCUUGGUCUGCAUGGUUGGCAAUGGAGUUGUGUGCUUCAUUGUUUUAAGGAGCAAGACUAUGCGUACUGUCACUAACCUGUUUAUUCUCAACCUGGCUGUCAGUGACCUCCUUGUUGGGAUUUUUUGCAUGCCAACAACUCUUCUUGACAACAUUAUUACAGGUUGGCCAUUUGGAAGCAUGGUUUGCAAAAUGAGUGGUAUGGUCCAGGGCAUAUCUGUCUCUGCCUCUGUCUUUACUCUGGUUGCUAUUGCGGUUGACAGAUUCAGAUGCAUUGUUUAUCCCUUCAAGCAAAAACUGACAAUAUCGACUGCCACACUCAUCAUUGUAAUCAUCUGGGUCUUGGCCAUAUCAAUCAUGUGCCCGUCUGGAGUCAUGCUUCAAGUGACCAAAGAGCAAACAAUUCGUGUCUUUCUUGGGGAUGGCAACAGGUCCAGUCCUUUCUACUGGUGUCGAGAAAACUGGCCAAAUCAAGAGAUGAGAAAGAUAUAUACCACUGUUUUAUUUGCCAACAUAUACCUGGCUCCUCUGUCCCUAAUAGUGAUCAUGUAUGUGAGGAUUGGGAUCACUCUGUUCAAAACUGCUGUGCCAACAGGUGGAAAACCUGGCCAUGACAACCGCCACACUGUAUCCAAGAAGAAACAGAGAGUCAUCAAAAUGCUGCUUGUUGUAGCCUUCCUCUUCAUCUUGUCCUGGUUGCCUUUGUGGACACUGAUGAUGCUUACUGAUUAUGCCAGGCUUACUGAGAACCAGUAUAGGCUUAUUAACAUCUACAUAUAUCCUUUUGCUCACUGGCUAGCCUUCUUCAACAGCAGUGUCAACCCUAUAAUUUACGGUUUCUUCAAUGAGAAUUUCCGGCGUGGAUUUCAAGCAAUGUUUAAGUUCAACCUGUGCUCAGUGGGCGGUCAUCGACGUAAGACCUACUCGCAUAGAAUGCAGAGUAAUUCUGUGUUGCCAGCUAACCCUCAGCCCUCUACUGAGCCUAUCUCAUUGAACAGUGUGGACAACACCAGGGUCAACCAUGUGAAUGAGCAAGACCUAGUCAUGGAGGACCUGGAAAAAGUAUCUGAAAGCAGUAUGGGGGGAGGUUCUUUGUAAAGGGAGUGAAGUAAUGGAGUAAAGACAGCCCAGUGGGGAGGUGGUUGCAUUCAGUUUUCAUUAUAUACACAGUGUAAUAUAAUGUAAAGUGUCUAGUGUUUUGGUCUGCAUAUUGCUCUAUAUCCAUUUAACCAGUAUUCCUGUUUAAGGGUAAAAUCUGUUUGCAAUUACUAAAUGGACACUUGUAGUGAGCUACCCAAAACCAAAAAUCCAAAACACUACAGUUUUGAUUUUGAGUUUGUAUAAUACAAUUCCGGAGAGACAUGACAAAGAAAUAGAAUCUUUCUGAGCUUUGCCACCAAACCCAAAUAUCUAAGACAGUACAGCAAAACCAGAGCAGGAAACAGAUGCUUAAAGUCAAUGAAAAAAAUUAACAGGAUAAAUGUUUUGAGUAUGAAGAUGUUAGCCAUCCAUGCCAGUUAGGAUUUUUUUAUGUAUGGUAUAGUGCAGGACACAUCUUGCAUGAAAAAAUCUGCAGCAUGCUCUGAGAACUAAAGGAUUAAUACUGACAUGUCAUUUUGACAUUUCCCUAUAAAUAUCUAUCCUACUAGAAUAAUAUUCAUACUGUCUGCUUUCUGUAAUCAAACAGAGUGUGACCCUGAGAAAUAAAAUGUUGUAGGACUAACGUGUAGUAUAGGAAAUACAUCUGCUGACCUUUCCUUCAGCUUGUUUGACAUUUCAUACAUACACACACAGUCGGAAAAGAGAGAGUGAGAGUAAAUUUGUAUAGUAAUAUAUAUAAACACCAGUUUUCCAGCACAAAAUUAAAUGUUACAGAAAAAUCUUUGUAUGAUAGUAAAGAAAGCAGAAUAUUAUGUAUGAAAACUGAUAUUUAUUGUUUAAUUACUUACAGUGCUGUUGAUUUGUUAUCCCCCCUUUUGAUCAGCCCCUGCACUGUUAUUUAAAGUGAGUACAGAACUUCCACUUACAGUAAAUAAAAUAGGUAAGUUCAGCAAAAAAUAGUAAAUAACAGCAGGUUUAUGUUAAACAUUACAAACUUAAUUUAUUGUAAUAACAUGGACAUUAUUUCAGUAUGUAAAUGCCAUAAUAAUGAAAGGCCAUAAGAGAGUGCUGAUUAUAUAAUUUUAUUUUUCUUAAUGCCAUUGUGGAUCAGUGGAUAUUUAGUACUCUCAGAAUACAGAUACAUAUUUUGGGAUUUUUAUGAAAUCUUUUUAAAAAAAUUU